AUUACUGUCAUGACUCACCAGAGGUGAAGAAACGCAGAAACUGGAGAAAUGCCGACGGACAAAUUUAAUGAAUCAGGCCAGUGUGUUGCUGUAAAACGUGUACACAAUAUGGAUCUCUGUGAGGAGAGAGAGGAUGAUGUCCCACCUUCUAAAGGGUCUCUCUCCGACCACGGCAGCCGGACUAAAGCUAAGAGCCCAGUCCAGAAGGAGAGACCAGGCUCCCCUGGUCCCAGCCACUCCAUUAGGGAACCCUUAAGCUUUAGAGCUGGAUAUCACUCUACAGAGCAGCGAGUCCAGCAGGAGAGACCAGACUCCUCUCUAACCACUUGUGUGUCAUUUAAAAGUGACCGAUCUAUGGAGCCCCCUCUUGCAUUCAAACAUCGGCACCGCUCUACUAAAGAAAGAGUUCACCAGGAGGGAUCUGAGGUCACCACUGGUCACUCUGACAAUGAGCACAAUGACACAGAUCUGGCCUCCAUAUUCAGGCUUCUAGAGGAGAACAUCAUCACUUUUGUGAAGACUAUGCUGAAGACAUUCCAGGGAGUUCUUAGUACAGAUUACCCAGAGUGCUCAGAGACACAGAAGAAAACUGAGGAGGUGGUGGAUGGUGGGGAGGAAGAACAGGGCACAAGCAGCAAACUGGCGCUUUUGAAGAUCACACUCCACUUCUUGAGGAGAAUCAAGCAGGAGAAGCUGGCCGACUCUCUCCAGAGCAGAACUCUUGCUGCAGUGUGCCAAAAUAAGCUCAAAAGUAAUCUGAAGGGGAGGUUCCAGUGCGUUUUUGAGGGAAUUGCUAAAGCAGGAAACCCCACACUUCUGAAUGAGAUCUACACAGAGCUCUACAUCACAGAAGGAGGGAGUAGAGCGUUCAGUGACGAACAUGAGAUCAGACAGAUUGAAACAUCAUCCAUGAAGCAAUCAAGACCAGACACUAUGAUCAAAUGUGAAGACAUCUUCCAACCAUUACCUGGCAGAGCUCAUCAGCCAAUCAGAACGGUGCUGACAAAGGGAGUGGCUGGCAUAGGGAAAACAGUCUUAACACACAAGUUCACUCUGGACUGGGCUGAAGACAAAGCCAACCACAACAUUCAGUUCACAUUUCCAUUCACGUUCAAAGAACUGAAUCUGCUGAGUGGAAAAAAGUACAGCUUGGUUGAACUUCUUCAUCUCUUCUUUACUGAGACCAAAGAAGCAGACAUUUACAGAUUUGACAAGUUUAAUGUUUUGUUCAUCUUUGACGGUCUGGAUGAGUGUCGACUUCCUCUAGAUUUCCACACCAAUGAGAUCCUGACUGACGUUACAAAGCCGAGCACAGUGGACGUGCUGCUGACGAACCUCAUCGCUGGGAAACUGCUUCCCUCUGCUCACCUCUGGAUAACCACACGACCCGCAGCAACCAAUCAGAUCCCUCCUGAGUGUGUUGACAUGGUGACAGAGGUGAGAGGGUUCACUGACCCACAGAAGGAGGAGUACUUCAGGAAGAGAUUCAGAGAAGAGGAGCAGGCCAGCAGAAUAAUCUCCCACAUCAAGACAUCACGAAGCCUCCACAUCAUGUGCCACAUCCCGGUCUUCUGCUGCAUCACUGCCUCGGUACUGGAGAAUAUAAUUGGAUCACAAACAAGAGACGAAUUGCCGAAGACCCUGACUGAGAUGUAUAUUCACUUCCUGGUGGUUCAGUCAAAAAUAGGAAACGUCAAAUAUCGUGGAGGAGCUGAGACGGAUCCACUCUGGAACACCGAGACGAGCAAGAUCAUCAUGUCUCUGGGAAAACUGGCUUUUGAGCAGCUGCAGAAAGGCAACUUGAUUUUCUAUGAAUCAGACCUGAUAGCAUGCGGCAUUGAUAUCAGGGCAGCCUCAGUGUACUCAGGGGUGUUCACACAGAUCUUUAAAGAGUGUGGGCUGUACCAGGAAAAGGCGUUCUGUUUUGUCCAUCUGAGCUUUCAGGAGUUUCUGGCUGCUCUCUAUGUCUUUGCCACAUUCACCAACACUGGUGUCAAUCUACUGUCAGAACCACAAUCAAGAUCCAAGUGGUCUUCACUGUUAAGGGACAAAUCUAAGGUAAAUCUGCUCUACCAAAGAGCUGUAGACAAGACCAUACAGAGUCCAAAUGGACACCUGGACUUGUUUCUUCGAUUCCUCCUGGGUUUCUCACUUGAGACCAAUCAGGUCCUUUUACAAGAGCUGCUGACAACAUCAGAAAGCAGCUUACAGAACUAUCAGGAAACAGUUAAAUACAUCAAGAAGAAGAUCGGGAGGAAUCCGUCACCAGAGAGGUGCAUCAAUCUGUUCCACUGUUUGAAUGAACUGAAUGAUCAUUCUCUAGUGGAGGAGAUCCAAAAGUACUUGAGUUCAGGAAGUCUCUCCACAGACAAGCUCUCUCCUGCUCAGUGGUCAGCUCUGGUCUUCAUCUUACUGUCAUCAGAGGAGGACCUGGAAGUGUUUGACUUGAGGAAAUACUCUGCUUCAGAGGAAGGUCUCCUGAGGCUGCUGCCAGUGGUCAAAGCUUCGAGAAUAUCCCACCUGAGAGACUGUAAGUUGUCAGAGAGAAGCUGUGAAGCUCUGGUCUGUGUUCUUAAGUCCAAGUCCUCCCGUCUGAGAAAGCUGGACCUGAGUAACAAUGACCUGCAGGAUUCAGGAGUAAAGCUGCUGUUUGCUGGACUUUGGAGUCCACACUGUAGACUGGAAACUCUCUGGUUGAGUGGCUGUAACUUGUCAGAGGGAAGCUCUGAGGCUCUGGCCUCCGUUCUUAGCUCCGAGUCCUCCAUUCUGAGAGAGCUGGACCUGAGUAACAAUGACCUGCAGGAUUCAGGAGUGAGACUGCUCUCUGCUGGACUGACGAAUCCACACUGUAGACUAGAAAUUCUACGGUUGAGUGGCUGUAACUUGUCAGAGAGAAGCUCUGAGGCUCUGGCCUCCGUUCUUAGCUCUGAGUCCUCCAUUCUGAGAGAGCUGGACCUGAGUAACAAUGAUCUGCAGGAUUCAGGAGUAAGGCUGUUAUCUGCUGGACUGGCGAGUCCAAAUUGUAGACUGGAAACUCUACGGUUGUCAGACUGUCAGGUCACAGAGAAAGGCUGUGCUUCUUUGGCCUCGGCUCUGAACUCCAACCCUUCCCAUCUGAGAGAGCUGGACCUGAGCUACAAUCAUCCAGAAGAGUCAGGGCUGAAACUGCUCUCAGGCAGACUGGAGGAUCCACAAUGGAGACUGGACACGCUCUGUGUUGACCAUGGUGGCAGACAUCGCUUGAAACCCUUCAUGUACGCCUGUGACCUCACACUGGACCCAAACACAGCAAACAGGAAGCUCUCUCUGUCCGAGGACAACAGAAAGGUGACAGAGGUGUUGGAGAAGCUGCCGUACCCUGAGCAUCCAGAGAGAUUUCACCACUGGAAGCAGGUCCUGUGUAGAGAAGGUCUGACUGGGCGCUGUUACUGGGAGGUGGACUGGAAAGGAUGGGUUAAUAUUGGAGUGGCAUACAAAGGAAUCAAAAGGAAAGGAGAGGAUGAAGAGUGUUGUCUUGGCGAGAAUGACAAGUCCUGGGGUCUCUUCUGUUCCGGUAAUGGUUACUCUGCCUGUCACAAUAAGAGAACGACGAACACACGGGCCAUCCACCCCUCCUUUGACGCCGGCAGAGUAGCAGUGUAUCUGGACUGGCCUGCUGGCACUCUGUCCUUCUACAGAGUCUCCUCUGACAUGCUGAUCCACCUCCACACCUUCCACUGCACAUUCACUGAACCCCUCUAUCCUGCGUUCAGGUUUAAGUUAAGGUCUGCGUCUGGUUCUUCAGUGUUUCUUUGUCAGUGUGAGGAGGGAGAAUUAGCUCCAGUGUAGAGAAAGACCCACACUGCUUCCAAAACUGAGCAUGGUCACACACACACACACACACACACACACACACACAAAGAUGUGUCUCCAUCACUUCAUAGCACAUCGACUACAUUAAUUUUGUCAAUGGACAAUUACGAAAUUCGCCCUCUUUUGUUCAAAUACUUAAAAGAAGAAAAGAAGAAAGUAAAAGCGAGACUAUGCAACUUUGAAAGACAAUAUCAGAUUAUUUCUCUUACAACUGAAACAUUUAGGAAAAAGAAAAGUAGGAAAGUAAAAUGGAUCAUUAUACAACUACCUCUUAUAACCACAAUUAGUUAGUUCAACAAAAGGUUACGUAGUCUCAUUAGUCAACUUCAGUGUUGGGCAGUAACACAUUCAUUUGUAAGGUGCUACAGUGAUGGGAUUUUCUGUGGGAUUUUUUUUCAGUAUCACAUAAUGUAAGGGAUUAGAAUUUGAAAUUCAGUUAUUACGCUAUGUUACAUAUAUGUGUCAAGACCACUGUACAGGAUGAAACGACAAAGAUCCAGGAGUCCAUCAGGAAGAUGGUCCCCAAAGAUGAUAUGUAAGAUGCAGGCAGGAAGUGCGUACAUGGAACGCUAUAACCAGGUAGCUGGCAUAGUGUACAGGAACAUCUGCCAUGAGUAUGGGCUGGAAGACCCAAGGUCAAAAUGGAAGACGCCUCC